AUGUCGAUUCCGAAGUAUGACGGGACUUCGGAUCCACAGGAAAAUAUCACGACCUACACUACGGCUGUAAAGGGAAAUGACCUGGCCUAUCACGAGAUCAAUCUGCCUUAUUCAUUUAUUAAAGCUCAAGCUGGAGCAAGAAAGGUCCAAUCAAGGAAGGCGGAUAUAUUUAGAAUAUCUCAUGGAGAAUCCGAACUAUUGCGAGAGUUCGUGAUCCGGCUUCAACAGGAGAGGAUGUCGUUACUGGCAGUACCAGAUGAGUGGGUAGCGGAGGCAUUUACAAAGGGUCUCAACCCAUUGAGUUCCGAUUCCUCCAAGAAAUUGAAGGGAAGCUUGCUAGAAUUUCAGGCAACCACAUGGGUAAAUGUUCAUAAUCUCUACAAGUCAAAGACAAUAAUAGAAGAUGAUCAACUGGGUUCUUCGAGGGCUGAUGGGCGUGGAAAUAAAGGCUUUCAGUCAUGGGAUAGGUUCGCUUAUGAUAGAAGGGCAGAUCAUGGUCGAAAUAACAGAUCGUUGUAUGAGAAAGAGGCGUCGGGGUCCCGAGAUUCAACAUAUCCCAAAUUAUUCGACUAUAACUUUAAUAUCAGCUUGAUAGAACUGGUGUCGGUUAUGAGGAAUAUUAAAAAAACUAGGUUCCCGCAACCAAUCCGGUUGGAUCCUAUCCAGAGGGAUCCUAAUCUAUGGUAUGAGCUCCAUAGAUUUCACAACCACAGGACUGGGGACUGCCGACACCUUCGUGAAGAGGUAGCAACUUUGUUGAAGAAUGGUCACCUCAGUGAGUUUUUAAGUGACCGGGCUAAGAACAACUAUGGGAAAAACCGGGAUGUUGUAGAACCAUCAAAAUCGGUUGCAGGGUCACCUCAUAUGACGAUAAACAUGAUCUUCGAUGGAGACGAAGUAAAUGGGGUGACAUUUUCGGCAGCAAAGAAAACAAAGAUAAUGGUAACUCAUGGCAAGAGGAUCCAAGAGGUCUCAGAAGAUGACAUCACCUUUACAGAAGAAGAUGCCGAUGGAAUUCUUCUAUCGCACAAUGAUGCUCUGCUUUUAGCUGGGUUCAACUUAGCAAGUGCUACGACCCGAGGAGAAAUUUUGCUGCCCACGCAUGCCGAAGGAGUAACAAAGACCACCAUGUUUGAAGUGGUAGAUGACGACAUGGGCUAUAAUGUAAUCCUUGGAAGGCCAUGGAUACAUGAAAUCAAGGUUGUACCUUCAACAUACCAUCAGUUGUUGACAUUUCCCAUACCAGAAGGGAUCAAGCAUAUCAGAGGAGAUCAAACGCCUGUAAGGGAGAUAAACGUAGCGAUCGUUUCCAAUAGCAAGGGCAAAGAGACGAGCAAAUAG